AUGGUUGAAGGCAGGAAUAUUAAAAAUCUCGGUUCAGGCAUCAUGCGACACAUCUUCAAAUACUUAGACGUGCAAGACUUGGAGAAUGUCCACCAAGCGUUUCCAGAAUGGAGGCGAGUUAUUGAAGUUCAGUUGAAACAGAGACGCAUUCGUCAAUUCACGUGGUUGGAUGAGGAAAUGUACAAACUCGUAUUACAUCCGUAUGCCAUUUUUACAAAUUCUGACCAACUUAUUAAAUACUAUACAGAUCAAAGAGAACUCUCUGUCCCUGAAAGACCAAUCGAAUCAUGUGGGAAAUUGAAAAUCCUCUUUUUAUACCAUGAGCUCGAUGCUGGCAAUGCUGAAAUGUGGUUUGAUUCUUUCGACUUGUUUAAGGAAGCGUCGUAUUUACGACGCAACUUGAGAAGAAAAAUACAGCAUGUCAGUAUUGCAACCAUGAAUAUUCCAUCAAUGGUAUUAAAAGAUAUUACAAGUAAAGGAAAGAUGACUUUGCCGGCAAUCUCUCAACAACACAUAAUGCAAGCUAAUAGAUUUUCAGAAUUCUACCUCUCACGACUUGCCUCGUUCGAUGUCCUGUUUUACUUUGUGGAUUACUCCAAACCCAUUGCGGACGUUUUGACCUUCCUUCGAAGGGCUUUGACCCCACGUCAUUCUCUCAUAAUAUCUGUUAUUCGUGAUGCCAAUGACUCAACAUUGAGAAAUAUGGGAUACUUUAUUAAGCUGAUUUCGAUAAUUGAAGAAUUUAUUUAUAGAAAAUUGAAGGAUUCCCAGAUUCAGUGGAGACUGUGGUGUGUGGAAAGAGGUUGCAAUGGGAAACCGAAUUUUCGAGAAAUGUUGGAAUGGUUCUCCACAAGGUGGAAUAAUAAUUGA